AAAUUCCAGAUUUCAUUGGUUCUCUAACCAAUCUAACAUACCUCAGUCUCCAUUCCUGUAAUUUGGUUGGUCAAAUUCCAAGUUCGUUUGGAAACCUCACGCAAUUGCAACAUCUCGACCUCAGCUAUAAUCUGCUUCAAGCAGAAAAUCUCAAUUGGCUCCUUGCUCUUUCUUCUUUAAUGGAUUUGGGCCUUGCAUCCAUUGAUUUCAAUGAGAGCCAAAUUCCUGAUGUCGUUGGUUCUCUAACCAAUCUAAGAAACCUCAGACUCUCUUCCUGUAAUUUGGUUGGUCAAAUUCCAAGUUCGUUUGGAAACCUCACGCAAUUGCAAUAUCUCGACCUCAGCGGUAAUGAUCAGCUUCAACCAAAAAAUCUCAAUUGGCUCCCUGCCCUUUCUUCUUUAACGUAUUUGGACCUUUCAGCCAUUGAUUUCAAUGGGAGCCAAAUUCCAGAUUUCAUUGGUUCUCUAACCAAUCUAACAUACCUCAGUCUCCAUUCCUGUAAUUUGGUUGGUCAAAUUCCAAGUUCGUUUGGAAACCUCACGCAAUUGCAACAUCUCGACCUCAGCUAUAAUCAGUUUCGAGCAGAAAAUCUCAAUUGGCUCCCUGCUCUUUCUUCUUUAACGUAUUUGGACCUAAGCCAAAACAAUCUCAGUACUGUUUUCGAUUGGCCAAAAGCCGUACUUAAUAAGCUCCCUAAACUAGUAGAGUUGACCUUGGUGAACUGUAGUCUUCCCCCAAUUCUUUCCACUACUCUUUACAAAACAAAUUCUUCUACAUCUCUUGUGUAUGUUCGUCUCUCUGACAACCAUCUCACUUCUUCAAUAUUUCUUUGGUUGUCCAACUACAGUACAAGCCUUGUUAGUCUUGACCUCUCCUACAAUAAUCUAGCUGGUUUCAUUCCCGAUUUCAUUGGAAACAUGAGCUCUCUUGUGGAUCUGGAUCUCUCUGGUAACCAGAUUGUAGGAGCGAAUCCAAAUUCGUUUGCAAGGCUGUGUAAUUUGCGAAGAUUGUGGCUUCAAAGAAAUCAUAUGAGUGGACAAUUAUCUCAACUAUUGCCUAGAUGUGCUCAAAACUCAUUAGGGUAUCUGGACCUCUCUGAGAAUGUUCUUGUGGGGUCAUUAAACAAUCUUACAAGCUUCUCAUCUUUGGAAGUCUUGUAUCUUAAUGCCAAUCAAUUAAGCGGAAAAAUACCUGAAAGUAUUGGGCAAAUGUCGCAACUGGGCAACAUCAAUUUCAGCAUAAACUCUUUGGAAGGGGUGGUUUCAGAAACUCAUUUCUCAAAACUCUCCAAAUUAAGACUUUUGGAUUUAUCCUAUAACUCACUAGUUUUAAAUUUCCAUUCUGAUUGGGUUCCUCCCUUCCAAUUGUGGGGCAUAAAUUUGGCGUCCUGCAAUGUCGGUCCUCUUUUUCCAAAAUGGCUUCAAACUCAAAAUGAUUAUUUCGAGCUUGAUAUUUCAAAUGCUGGAAUUUCUGAUAUCAUUCCAAGUUGGUUUUUGAGUAAUUUUCGUAACGCAGACGUUACAGUGGAGUUUGAAAAUCAACGACGACUAGAUUUGAGUUCGAACCAAAUAGAAGGUCCAAUUCCCUCCACUCUGUCACAAGUCUAUUAUCUGGAUCUCUCUAAUAAUAGCAUUUCAGGGUCGCUUUCUUUCCUAUGUGCAAGUGCAGAUAAGAGUUUAACAUAUCUUAAUCUUUCAAGCAACAAUUUUGCUGGAGAACUUCCAGAUUGCUGGAGCCAUUUGGAGACUCUAGUCAUGCUUGAUUUGAGUAACAACGCUUUUUCUGGAAAAAUUCCCAUGACAAUAGGCUCUUUAUUUCAAAUGCAAACUUUGAAAUUAAGAAGCAACCGAUUUGUUGGAGAAUUGCCUUCAUCGUUGAAGAACUGCACAAGUUUAGAAGUUAUUGAUCUGGGAGAUAAUAAAUUAUCAGGACCAAUACCUACAUGGUUGGGUGUGAGCUUCAAGAAUUUGGUUAUCCUGAUGCUUUCCACUAAUCACUUCAAUGGAAGCAUGCCCUCGCAAUUAUGUCAUCUGACACACAUUAAAAUUAUGGAUUUCUCUAUGAACAACAUCUCUGGAAGCAUACCCAAAUGCCUCAACAAUUUGACUACUCUAGCUCAAAAAGGAAAUCCAAGUCUAUCCAGCACACAUCUUUAUGGCGGAAUUAUGGGUAAUGAGUCAAUUGCUCCUACUAAUUAUGACGAUGAUGCAAGCUUCAUUUGGAAAGGAAGAAUGCAGACAUACAAAAGAAUUUUGGGCCUUGUGAAGAGAAUUGAUCUCUCAAGUAAUAGAUUAACAGGGGAGAUUCCAAGUGAAAUUACUCAUCUUGUUGGGUUGAUUUCUUUAAACCUUUCGAGAAACCAGUUAACAGGUCAAAUAACUCCAGAGAUCGGAAACUUGGAGUCAUUGGAUUCGCUUGAUUUAUCAAGAAACCAGAUAGAUGGAAGAAUUCCAACAAGCCUUGCUCGGAUAGAUCGUCUUAGUUUCUUAGACCUGUCAUAUAACAACCUGUCUGGCGAAAUACCCAUAGGCACUCAGCUCCAAAGCUUUGAUCCCCUUGAUUAUGCUGAAAAUCCUCUACUAUGUGGACCUCCACUUAAAAAGAUGUGUGCUAAUCAAAAUGAGCCAACUGACUUGAGCAAUGAAGAGGAUAAGGAUGAGUUUAUAACACUGGGAUUUUACAUGAGUAUGGGGAUUGGGUUUGCUGCUGGAUUUUGGGGAGUUUGCGGCACUUUGAUAUUCAACAGGUCAUGGAGAUACGUAUACUUCAAGUUCUUGAAUAAUUUAAAUGAUUGGAUUUAUGUGAGGAUAGCUUUGAUCAAGCGGCAACUGAAGUCAGCAUAUGCUUAAUAGAUAAGCUCGCGACGCUGCAGCAUCUAAAUUAGGAGAAAAGUAGCUGUAGCUGAAUACCUCCUUCCAGUUCGUGUGUUGAAGAUUGCUAGUACGCGCGCAUGCGCAUGCAUAUGCAUCUAGAGAAGAGUUUACAAGUUAAUUUGGAGU